GGGCCCGGCCGAGCCUCCGCCGCCAGCCCGCCCCAUCCCGCCCCGCCCUGCCCGCUCCGGCUCGAAGGCGGCCCCGCCCGCCCGGCCAUUGGCGAGGGAGGGAGAGAGAGAGAGGGAGGGAGCGGGUGCGCGCCAGGCCCCGGCGUGUCGCAGCGAAGGCGUCCGGGCGGGCCCCGCUGCCGCGGCGGCGCGUUCCGCGCGGAGCGUGUGCGCGGGCCCCGAGCGGAGCCGCCGCUGCCAUGGAGCGGGGGGGCGGCGGCGCCGCGCGGGGCUGAGCGCGCCCCUUCCCCAUGAGACGGUGGCUGUGCUGGCUGGGCUGCUACACCCUGCUCCUGUGGGUGCUCAGGAGGACGAUGUGGGCUGGCCCUGCCCGCUACCUGCGGAGCCCUUUAUCCAGGUCCCUCUACGUGAAUAUGAUGGGCAGCCACCGCCAGCCAGCCCCGGGCGCCAGGGAGAACCACCAGUGGUAUGUCUGCAACACAGAACAGUUGUCUGAAUCCCUUCAGCCCGUUUUUGUCCAGAGUUACCUUGACCAAGGAACACAGAUCUUCUUAAACAACAGCAUUGAGAAGUCAGGCUGGCUGUUCAUCCAGCUCUACCACUCUAUUGUGUCCUCCAGUUUUAGCCUUUUUAUGUCUAGAACAUCUAUCAAUGGGCUGCUGGGAAGGGGCUCAAUGUUUGUGUUCUCCCCAGAACAAUUUCAGAGACUGCUUAAAAUAAAUCCCGAAUGGAAAUCCCACAGACUUCUUGAUUUAGGGGCUGGAGAUGGAGAAGUCACUAAAGUCAUGAGUCCUCACUUUGAAGAAAUCUAUGCCACUGAACUGUCUGAAACGAUGAUAUGGCAGCUUCAGAAGAAGAAAUACAGGGUGCUUGGUGUAAAUGAAUGGCAAAACACAGGAUUUCAGUAUGAUGUUAUCAGCUGUUUGAAUUUGCUGGAUCGCUGUGAUCAACCACUGACUCUAUUAAAGGAUAUUAGAAGUGUAGUGGAGCCAACCAAAGGCAGGGUCAUUCUAGCACUGGUUCUGCCAUUUCAUCCCUAUGUGGAAAAUGUAGGUGGCAAGUGGGAAAAGCCUUCAGAAGUUCUGGAAAUCAAAGGGCAGACUUGGGAAGAGCAGGUGAAUAGCCUGCCAGAAGUUUUCAGUAAAGCUGGUUUUGCCAUAGAGGCUUUCACCAGACUGCCAUACCUGUGUGAAGGUGACAUGUACAAUGACUACUACGUGCUGGAUGACGCUGUCUUCGUCCUCAAGCCAGUGUAAGGUGUCUGAAGUAAACCUCCAGAAUCUAACCCAAGGAGCAGCCUCUGAAAGAGGGUUUUGAUUUUAUGGUUACUUAAAGGGAGGGAAUUUUUGGGAUUGCCAUGCUAAAUGAAUACCGUGUAAGAAAUUUAAAGGCCAAAAUACUAAUGUAUUUCUUUGUAGUGUGAUUAGGGGGGAAAAAAAAAAAAGGUUGUUUUUUAAACAGACUCCUCCAUUGAGAAUUUCUUUUUUACCUGCUCUUAAACCAACAAUGCAUUCUGCAAUCCAGCAGCAAUGGGGGAUAUUUUUUUAUAUUUACCUGCAACAGGGAUCAGAUCCAAACAAAAGCAAUAUUCCUAAUAAUGGUGAAACUGAUACAGUGUGAACUGUUAAAGAAAUCAAGUGAAAUCUGGCAAUAAAGUUAUCCAUUCAAUUCAAGCCUUGUUGAAUAAAAACUGUUAAAAUGGAUAUUCUUCCAUGCUAAGUUACUUUCUUACUGUCAUUCUUCACGUUUUUAAUCAUGCUAAUAAACUUUUUUGAGAUGA